CAAGUCAAGUCGUCCCGAAUAUGAGCUGGUUCUGUUGUUACCGCCCGUAAUGCUGUUUUUCUUUUUUUACAUGUGAACCCAAAAUUGUGAAAAACAUGCGAUGAAUAGCGCCGAAAUAACUUAAAGCCAAAAAAUGCUCACAGAAAGAGAGCAGCAGGGUCUGAGUAAGAUCAUCGGCGCUCUGGAACUCGCGGACGUGAUUGCACUGGCACAGACUGUCACUUGCAAGCAAAUCAAGCUUACAGAAAGAUCAGAAGCCGAGAGAGCCAUCCUUAGUGGUACCCAGAACCCAGCUGAUCUUCUACGGCGCAAAAAGAUUCUGCGAGAACUGCUGUUUCGCUAUCUUUGGAGUGAAAGCGUCUUUGUGGCGCCUGCACUGGCCAAGUCUGAUCUCAUCAAUGCAUGCCUACAGCACUGGCAGGAAGAUAAUGCACUCAAGUCUGGCCAGUUUCCAUCAAACAGCACCGAAAAGGAUGGCAAGACAUCGGAGGCCAGCUUCCAGGAGAAGCUGGGCACGGAGUUCACCAAUUGGUUCUUUGCACAGCUGAAUUCAGAAGGGGAGAAGUUGGGCCAUCAGCACUUCUUUCCCAACUGUCAUCUCCGAGUGCAGUGCUUUGAGCGGCUUGCUGGGCGGGAGAACCCUCCACGUGUUCUCUCGAUCCGGGGUUCGGAGCCGGCCUCACGAUUUCUGUGGCAGCUGGCCGGAGGUGCACGCCGCAUGUUCCAUCCCAAUGUGCGCUCGGUCAAGUGUGAAGUGGAGGAUCAUGGACUGGCACGCAUCAGCGUGACUGGUGUCGUGCACGAAUACAACAGCUGCAUGGGACUCUUCGAGUGCGGCUUUGGGCUGGUGCGUGACCCCAACGCGACAGCCACCGAGAGUGAUGUCUGGAAGCUGCAAUUUGUCGAGGUGGUCCUCAGGGUCUCGCGCAUCGGCUUUGUCACGGCUGCGGUGCUUUCGACUGGUGAAGACGACAUCACCAUGGAGCUGGAGUGUACUUGAGGGCCAGCCCUACUGUUCUUCCCUAAAUGUCGUCCUGUACCCUUUUCCUUUCACUCCCUCCCGUCCCGAUUCGUACGUAGUUGUCUCUCAGCAUUAGGGUAGUAUUGAAACUACUAGCCUGUCAGCCACAUGCUUCUCAUCAUUGCCCUUUCAAGUGACAGCCUAGCAGGAGUGUGGUGGGAUUCAGAGGCAGUACAUAUGGCUUAGUGCAUGGAAAAAAAAUUGAACGCUGUUUGGGAACAAAUAAAUUGAGUAUGAACAAGUGAGAGAGGGUCACAAGUGCCCAUGGGCUUGCAAGAGCACUCCUAGGCCAUACUGCAAUUUAGCCAAUUUCCUGAGUCUGCUGCCUCACUCCUUGGCUGCAUGAACACUGUCACACAUUUAUGUUUUCUUUUUGCCAUGGCGGAUGCAAUGCUGUGCUGUUGUGAAGUAUUUCCACUGGGCGAAAGCCAGCCACCCUUCUGCAAAUAAUGUUCUUGUAGUUGAAGAAUGAUUGCCCUGUAGCAUUCAGAAAGUAAGUGAAAGUUCCUAGUUCCUGGCAUGAUGAGCAAGCAUCAAACAUGCUAGUCUUUCAAGGCUAAAAAGAGGAUAAUAUCUUGAUGCACUGCACCAGUAUCACCUUUUUACUGGCUUAUUCUCGUCAAGCGCAGUGUGCUACCACUCAAACAGAUAUGCAAGUAGAUUUUUGUGUGGACUCUGGUGGAAGCUGUUUAACUUUGUAAUGCAUUGAGUAUGUGUCUAUUGCAAUGCACACAAUAAAAGAACUAGGCAUAUCCAGUAAUGUGGCACCAUUUAUUGCAUUUAUUGCAGAGACCGGUUGCAAAUGCUUGACUUCAUAUUAUUCAGCUUAUGCCUGUAUUGCUGAAUUGUAUCUGUGUUUGCCUGUUUUAUGUGUAUCACUUUAUAUUCCCCUCAUGGUAGAAAAGUUGCCCGCCUAAUCUAAAAGAAAAAUUUUGUUUUAAAGCUGUAGUGGUAUUAUCUUAUGCAUAUCUGCAGUAAUGAGCUAGUUUCAGGGUCAAUGUGUGGCAGCCCUUUGAAGAUCAGGCGGCCUUUUCACGAAUUAGUAUGGCCGACACUAUUUAUUUAUGUGAAUGGCAUAACCAGCCGUGUUCUUGUUCCCUAAUUGUUGGUGUACUAACCUGGCAGUUGCAGCAAAACAUAAUGCAAUGUAGCAUGCCACAUAGCCACUGGUGUAUCUGUAGUAACAUGCUGCAGUUGUCCGAAUUGGAUUUAAGACAACUGAAGCACAAGGUGUGCCACACCAUUCAGUGCCCUGUUAGAAACUGCUGGUAAAAACAAAAGCACUUUCCUCAUGAUGCAAACAGUAGUGAUCGCUCGUAUUUUCCCUUAAAGGUACUCGAGUAUAGGCGCUGUUUUGUAGAUCUCAAAAAUAAGCAUUGUCAUGCAUGUUCUUGUUAGCUUUUGUCAUGCACCCAAUAAUGAUGAGCUUUCUUGUAAUGCUCACAAUUAAUGAGGUAUAUACUUCCAUAUUCAUCUUUGUGUUUACAGUUCAUACCUUCUUUUGUGCCACUGUGUAGUGAGUCCACAUUGUAUGAAUAAAAUGUGCAGCAAGCUGUCUGCAGAAGCAGCGAAA